AUGCAGAGAGUCUUUCUCCGCCACUUUAUCACCAUGACGGAGAACUCCAUUGCUGGCCCAGAGGCCCCUGCUCUCGACCAACCUGCCACCAAUAUAGCCAAUAUAGCCAAAACGAGUGAACACCAUCUGCAGAAGAUACAAGAGCAGUAUGACGUGGAACGCAAGAAACGUCUGCUCCCUGACGGACCGGCCCAAUAUGUGGGAUUGGCCGAUCAAUCCACGAAAACUUUCCAUUCGAACGGAAACAUCGCGAUGGACAACAACCUGCUCCAGGAGAAGAAGGUCCGAGUCCUCAUUGUCGGUGCUGGGUUUGGAGGACUGCUGUUUGCAGUGCGGCUGCUCCAGACGGGAUUUCUUCGUGCGACUGAGAUCCUCUUCGUGGAUGCAGCAGGUGGCUUCGGAGGAACUUGGUGGUGGAACAAAUAUCCUGGCUUGGCCUGCGAUGUCGAAAGUUACACUUACAUGCCCUUGUUAGAGGAAACAAAGUACAUGCCGUCGCAGAAGUAUGUCAACGGGCCGGAAUUGAGAGAACACGCGAAUCGUAUCGCGGGUCAAUGGAAUCUCGGUGAACGGGCUUUAUUCCAAACCGUGGUCAAUAAGUCGGCUUGGAAUGACCAGGAUCGUCAAUGGACAGUCCAUGUCACACCACAUGGCCAGUCACCCACUGCAAUACAAUCUGAUUUUGUCAUCUUGGCUACCGGUUUGCUGAAUUCCCCGAAAAUACCAAAAUUGGGCGGCCUUGAGACCUACAACGGGAAGGUUUUCCACACCUCGCGCUGGGACUAUGAGUACACUGGAGGAAGUCCAAGCAGCCCAAUCAUGCAUAGACUACAAGACAAAACAAUUGGAUUUGUCGGAACAGGUGCAUCCGCCAUACAAGCAAUCCCACACCUUGCCCAGUGGGCAAAGAAAGUGAUUGUGUUUCAGCGCACGCCGUCUGCUGUAGAUUGGCGUCACAAUCAUCUCACAGAUCGCACCUGGUGGGUGAAAAUGGUCCAAGAAGCAGGCUCUGGGUGGCAAAAAGAGCGCAUGGAGAAUUUUAACGCAUUCUCUUCGAAUGAGGAUCCCCUCCCGGAUGUAGACCUUGUCGAUGAUGGCUGGACCAAGAUGCAGUCUUUCAGUGUACUGAUCGGGAGUCCCUCCGGUCUUGACCCGGACCAUCUGACGCGGAUGCAUCAAUUGGACUUACAUCGCCAAGAGGCUAUCCGCCGUCGCGUGGAAACCACUGUGACCGAUCAAGCGACUGCUCGAGUUUUGAAGCCGUGGUAUCCUGGGUGGUGCAAACGGCCGUGCUUCAGUGACGACUUUCUCACGGUAUUCAACCGGCCUAAUGUCUCCCUGGUUGACACCAAUGGAAAAGGGAUCCGGACUGUGACAGAUCGGGGAAUCUUGGCAGAGGGGCAAGAGUAUGAUCUGGACGCCAUCAUCUUUGGGACCGGCUACAGUCUUGGAGGUAGUGCUGAUCGUGGGGAUCUGACUGUCACCGGACGUGACAACCGGCCCCUCCAGGAAAAAUGGCAGAAGGGGCUGACUUCACUCCAUGGAGUAAUGACUAAUGGGUUUCCUAACCUGUUCUUUCCGGGUCCCUAUCAAACAGGAGCGUCAGCAAACCAGGUCUAUGUUCUUGAUCAGCUUGCCAUUCAUGUCGCUCACAUCAUUUCGGAAGCCGGCAGCUUGACCUCGGAGCGGAACCCAGGUGUCACCGUUGCCGGGUUCACUAUUGAGCCUAGUGCUCGCUCGGAAGGAGAAUGGACUUCCAAGGUUUUGAUGAGAGCGCGAGCACUGGGAGGUGUUCUGAAUUGCACUCCGGGAUACUUCAAUCGGGAGGGGCUCCAAUUCAGCGACCUUGAAGGUUUUCGAGCGGCACAUUUCAGUAUCUGGGGAGAGGGGAUUAAGAGUUAUGUGAAAGAGAUUGAGAAUUGGCGACGGACGGGCGGUUUAGUCGGACUUGACAUUCAGUCUCGGCAUGACAAGUAG